GGGAGAAGUUAACCUUAUCCCUCUCGCUUCGCCUCUUUCUCUCUGACUGUUCAGUUUUUGUGCGCCACAGCACAGCAAAUUUGACGGACGUAGGCUUCAUUAGGACUGUGGACCGAUAUCAUAGCCUACCUUAUUGUUGGACUCGUGGGAAAUUCAUAACACUUUGUAGAUGAAGUAGUCAGAUUCAAAAACGAUUUUAGCAAUAUCGUAUUCUGUAAAAGGACGGUAUCCUUUGUCCUUUAAAAGCGGUUGUGUAUUUCGACUAAUCCUGCUCUGUUCAGAACUCAAUUUUGAAAUUCAACUUUCUCUUUUCAAUUUCCCAGUCUGGACUACCAGAAAUCAAGGUUGAUUUGGGGAUUAUCUGGACCAGAACUCACCGUAGCUGUUUGAAGGACCACAAUGGCUGUGUACUCUAGAGAUGUGGAUCAAUCCUUGCCUUGACAACACAGUUUACUAUUAAAUGUGAGAAAGACACAAAUAUCACAUAACUCUCAGCACCAAUCAGGUGUUUCUGGUCUUGUGGCGUAUUAAAUCAGACUUCAUCAGACAUCACCAUGCCUAUUCUCAAGCAGCUAACCUCGAACCAGUCCAAGCGUCGCUCCCGGGCCGACCUGACUGCGGAGAUGAUCAGCGCCCCACUGGGGGACUUCAGACACACCAUGCAUGUGGGUCGUGGCGGGGACGCCUUCGGGGACACCUCUUUUCUAAGUACCCGGUCUGGGGAGCCCCCUAAAGAACAAGGUCCAGAGGUCCAGCAGAGCUCCCCUGGACCCAAACCAGGCCUGCUGUCCCGAACCUUUAGGAGCAGCAAGCGCUCCCAGUCGGUGAACCGCGGUGACAUGUACAAGAACAACUCGUUGGCGCCCCCCGGUGGCUCGCCAAACUUUGUGAAGAACGCCAUCUCCCUGCCCUACCUCAAUGACGAGGACGUGGUCAGGAUGGGCGGUGGUCAGCAGAUGCCCAAGAGCGUCUCCUCCAGCCCUCUGAAGAAGCUGCCCGAGGUCGAUGGAAUCAGCAAUCCAGUCAACGGUGCCAUGGCGAUGCUGGAUCUAGAGUUUGACGAGCGUAACUUUGGAGAACUGACUGACCUGCCCCCGUCACAUCCUCGGGGUGGCGGGAUGAAGCAUGCGGAGUCCAUCAUGUCAUUCCACAUUGACCUGGGACCCUCCAUGCUGGGGGACAUCCUCAGCGUCAUGGAAAAGAAGGGCUGGGAGGAAGACGACCUGGGGUACGAGGAGGGGAAGGGCAGCGAGGGCCGCGGGUCACCCCCCUUUAGCCCUCCCACCACGGAGGAUGAGAUCGAGGACCAGGUGGAUCUACAGCCUCCAGUCAGGCCCCCACGCACCUAUCCUCAGCAGAAGAUCAUGGCCGACCCCCUCUACACCCCUCGCAGGAACUACCACCCCCACAGCCACCUGGACAGCUGCUCCGUGUCCUCCUCCGGCUCUGCGGCUCUUGAGGAGAAACCACUCCUCCACCUGCAGGAGGGGGACACGGACAGCGCCAAGUACAGCUCUCGGGGGGCUGGAGGGGAGGACGAUAAAGACUUCUCCUUCAUGGAUGAGGAUGAUGAUGAGAUCAGGGUGUAAAACAGAACAGGGCUGUAAUGUCACCACCAUAGAACGUGGUUAAUAAAGACACCAGAACGUGGUUUGUGAGGUCACCGAAGGAGAUAAUUAUUUUUAAUGAGUUUUGAAGCUAUAAUAAGUCUGGGAGGGGUUGGGAGCACGGUAAAGACCGCACAAAUCCCUACAUAUGGAUCUAUCCUGAGAACUUCUAUACGGGGACACCCAGUUCUGCUAUACCUCCUGGAUCAGGAAUACCCAUACACCAUCUGUUAUUUAACCUUAUUUACUCGUGUGUGUGUGUGUGUGUGUGUGUGUGUGUGUGUGUGUGUGUGUGUGUUUGUCCCACAGUUGGAAAUGUAAAUGCCUGUCCCAUGAGUCCAUUUCUCCAGCCCAUUACAGAAUUCCGUGUCGACCACUAACUCUCUCACUCACACACACACACCCCCCCACACACACACACACUGCAACUCUGAGACACCAGUUAUUGGUUUGAGGGAUUCUUUUUGUAGAACUAUGAUCUGCCGUUAUGAUGAUCUAAUCCCACAGUUCCAAUAUGUCAUUUAAAGUGUGUUUCUCCUUAUAAGGGGAUCAACCCUUAUAUCCACUCAUAUUCAACAAGAACCAUAUCCCACCCACGCCACCAUUGUCUUUCCAUUCAGAGGAUUUCCCUUCAUGUUUACCAUAGCUACAGUCCUGGCUACAGUACUGGCAUAUUCCUUAUUGCGCAUUAUUAGGUAAGGGAAAACCAACCAGCGGUCAUGACACUGAUUAUCACAUUCUUUGAAAGCGGACAUAUGGAGAUUGACAGAGGUCACAGAGGUCGAAGCAUUAACUGUUGAUCACCCAGAUGGAGGUGUAAUGCGUGAGGUGUAGAGUCAUGUGAGGUCACGGACUGAACUGUAUAUUUCCACACUGCUUUGGAGAAAGGAAGUGAAAUGUAUCCCAGCAUUCUUUGGGGCAUUGAAUGGAUUGUAUGUGUAUGUGUGUGUUGAGUGAGGUGAGAUGCAGUUAAAAUAUUGGUUUUGUUAAUGUUCAAAGGGUAAAUAAAGGUGGCUUCUACUAUGUUUACUACAUUCAGAAUUGAUAAGUUGGUCUUCAGGUUCUUAAUCAAUGGCACAACUUGGUUGUUCAUUAUUCCAACCAUUAGUCAGCUUUAUUGUCCUGUUCACUAGACAUACUCUAUACAGCCAACACACUCUGAAGUCCUAAAUGAUCCAACAGUUAGCUUGUUUCAUUUGUUAUCUAAUAACUACUUCUAAUAAGGGGUAGAUCAUAUUGUGCACUGUUUUAAGUCACCAUGUUGAUUGGAGGAAUUUAGUUAAAGGUUGGAUUUUGGUGAUCUUUAGUUGUUCUAAAGCCUAACGUACUAGCCUACUCAGUGAGCCAAUUUAAGCUUUAGCUUUGGAGUUGAUUAGGCUAGGUUUGGGUUUGGCCGUGAGUCCAUGGCACUUUAGCUUAGAUCAAUGGACUCAGUCAUAUAUCCCCUGCAAGCACUGCCAAGGUGUAGCAACAUAGUUCACUCCCUAAAACACUAACUAUUGUACAUAUAAAAUCUUUGUUUUGUUUCCAUGUAAAUGUUUUAAAUUAACUUGACUUAUUAUUAAAUAGAAAAAAAUGAACAUUUUGAAAAUAAAUGGCCUUUUUGUAGAAGCUUUCAUGACCAGUAGUGCUUUUAUUGUACAAAUGUUUAGAAACAGAUGAAAACAAAUACAUAACUCACAGGAGCAGAGAUGGUGGUUGUGAACAAGACUAGUGACCGUACAGUAGACUGUCAUAUCUAUGUGGUCAUCUCUUCCCCCCCCUACUCACCCCAGGCUUGUAGGAUCAGGAGAAAGAGAGGAGUUUGAAGGGAGGAAGGUAUCAGUAAUAGUAGAACACUAGUUAUAAAUGACAAUAUUACCCUCCUCUCUCCAUUGUGCCACGCAGACCUGGCUACUGUAGGAUCAGAUUGAAUCAGCACACCCUCUGGCUUCCCUCUCAUUCAUAAACAUACUGUAGGAGCAGAUUAGAUCAGCACACCCUCUGGCUUCCCUCUCAUUCAUAAACAUACUGUAGGAGCAGGUUGAAUCAGCACACCCUCUGGCUUCCCUCUCAUUCAUAAACAUACUGUAGGAGCAGAUUAGAUCAGCACACCCUCUGGCUUCCCUCUCAUUCAUAAACAUACUGUAGGAGCAGGUUGAAUCAGCACACCCUCUGGCUUCCCUCCACCCUCUCGUUCAUAAACAUACUGUAGGAUCAGCACACCCUCUGGCUUCCCUCCCUCCACCCUCUCAUUCAUAAACAUACUGUAGGAGCAGAUUGAAUCAGCACACCCUCUGGCUUCCCUCCACCCUCUCAUUCAUGAACUCUGUUGGCUGAUUGGUCGGUAACCAAACCAACGAGUCAUCCAUUCAUGAGUCAUAUGUUUGGGAAAGGAAAUGGCAGGCACGCCUGUUCCCUUUUCCUUUAGAUUGCUGCUACAGUAUUUGCAUCCCAAAUGGUACCCUAUUCCCUAUAUAGCGCACUACUUUUGACCAGGGCCCAUAAGGCUCUGGACAAAAGUAGUGCACUAUAUUGGGAAUAGGGUGCCAUUUAGGAUGAAUAGAGUGUGACUAUAGGUUCCCCCCUCCCUCUCAUUUAUUUGGUCAGACAAAAAUCUAAUCUGUUAAAGUAAAGCAGGAAGUCCCUGUUCACGCCUUCCUGGAUCCCUGAGUAUUGUCGUGUUCAAAACAACUGGGAAUCUCUGAACUAGGUCUGACUGGGAAAAUCAUUUUGAACAGUCAUCCAAGUCGGAAACUCGGGCGUCUUUCUAAAACUGAUUUUAUUUUCCGACUGGAAGAUCACUGAUGUCACGAUUUGACAUAGUUUUUUCCUCAGAGUUCCGAGUUGUCUUGAAAGUACCAUAAUCUAUUGACUUUAUGCUUGAGUGAGAGAAAAUUACAUUUGUGCCAUAUGUGACACUGUUCCCUGUUAUGGUGUUGUUUGGAGAGGGGAACACAUUAUCCAAUGGUAUUAGGUCAGGGGAGUAGCCUAAUGCUAGGCAGGAUGUGACAUCACUCAGCCAUAUAUUCAUGCUAUGUAUGUUAGAAUUCCAUGUGUACAUGUCUGUAUUAAAGGGAGAUCGGUUCAGAGAUUAAAAUGACCAGGUGUAAAUGUGCCAAGUAUGUAUGUAAUCAUCCUCUGACAUGUCAUAUUGAGUCUUGAUGUUUGAAGGAAACAUUUACGGGCUACAGCAGUACAGGGAACUUAAAUCUCAGGCCUCUCACACUGUUCAUUUGUAAAUGGGCCAAAUUUGGGAUUUCUUUUAUGUUUUUAUUGUUUUAAACUCAGUUGCUUGUUCCAUUGUUGUAGAAUCUGUCUAUGGAAAGUGGGUUAAACUGCUGCAAUCCCUUAGCUGUUCUUCACCAAUGCCGGGACACUUUAUAAAGAACCUUUUAAUUUUCUAUCAAAACACUCAUACCUGUCCACCACCAUUUUAUUUGCUACUGAAGUGAAGUAGAUAAACACUAAUGGUGCCAUCCAUGAAAAACAGUGACUAUUACUAUGUUUGUUAUAGGCAUUAUGGCAUAGUGACGCUAUUGAAGAGACAUCAGAAAGUAAAGUGGGUUUUAACCACAAGAAGAUUUCAGUGCCCUGGCCUGAUGCCUGUUGGGGGGGGGGGGUGGGGGGUGGAGGAGGAGUCAUACAAGGGGAAGGGAUUGUGAAAAAGAACUGGCUUAAAGGUUCAGCUGGAGAGUGUUUUAUUUUUUUCUACUCUGUGGCUAGUUUUUAUGCCAGGUAUGUGCUACUUUUCUUUCUCAUUCUACUGUGUAUACAUAUAUACUGAACAAAAAUAUAAAUAUAACAUGCAAAAAUUUCAAAGAUUUCACUUAGUUAUAGUUCAUGAGGAAAUCAGUCAGUUGAAAUAAAUUCAUUAGGCCCUAAUCUAUGGAUUUCAUGACUGCGAAGGUCAGAGAUACCUUAAAAAGAAACGGGCCUCAAUAUGGGCCGUCACGGUAUCUCUGUACAUUAAAAUUUCCAUCGAUUUAAAAUGAAAUUAAUUAAACUGUAGCUUAUGCCUGCCCAUACCAUAACCCCACCACCACCAUGGGGAACUCUGUUCACAACGUUGACAUCAGCAAACCGCUUGCCUACACAAUGCCAUAUACGUGGUAUGCGGUUGUGAGGCCGGUUAGACAUACUGCCCAAUUCUCUAAAACAACGUUGGAGAUGGCUUAUGGUAGACAAAUUAACAUUCAAUCUCUGGCAACAGCUCUGGUGGACAUUCCUGCAGUCAGCAUGCUAAUUGCACGCUUCCUCAAAACUUGAGACAUCUGUGGCAUUGUGUUGUGUGCACAUUUCAGUGGCCUUUUAUUUUCCCCAGCACAAGGUGCAUCUGUGUAAUGAUCUGGCUGUUUAAUCAGCUUCUCGAUAUUCCACCCCUGUCAGGUGAAUGGAUUAUCUUGUCAAAGGAUAAAUGCUCACUAACAGGGAGGUUAACAAAUUUGUGCACAAAAUUGAGAGAAAGUUUGUGCGUAUGGAACAUUUCUGGGAUCUUUUGUUUCAGCUCAUGAAACAUGGGACCAAUACUUUACAUUUUGUGUUUAUGUUUUCGUUCAGUGUAUUUACCUCCCUCACACGUCCUCUAUUGAAAUAACAGCUAUAUUUUUCAAUAAAAAGAAAGUUGGUAAUCUUUA